AUGAUCCGGUCGCUCCCUCCUAUGCCUUGUUAUGCGAGAUACGUCGCGGUAGGUUCCAAGAUAUAUGUCGUGGGUGAAGUUAAUCCUAACGAUAUGAAGACGUCGAACAAUUUAAUCAUCGACUGUACAUCUCACACGGUGCAACCAAUCUCCAGGUUUCCUACUCCCAUGGCUCCAAUGCUCGCUCAAACCAUCGAUGGGAAAAUUUACGUAAUAGGAAGAUGUUGGUGUGAUGACAAGGUGAGUGGAAAAGGGUUCAGGAAUAGAGUCGUGGUGUUGGAUACAGUAACUCAAGAGUGGGAGCCUGAGGUGACAAAGCCAGACAUGGAGCUUGGCUAUUUGUGGAAUGGUGGUGUGAUGGAAGAUAAGAUUUACAUGCAAAAUCGUGAGAAAAGCUUUUCUUAUGCACCAAAGGAAAAUAAAUGGGAAUUGGACGAGAUGCUGGAUUCUGAAGAUUGGAAGGGUGCGUGUGUCCUUGACGAUGUAUUGUACAGUUUUGAAGAGGAGGAGUUAAGAGCCUAUGAUCCAAAGCAGAUGCGUUGGGGAGCAGUGAAAGGUUUGGAAGCAUUGUAUCCUGAGAUUGCCGGUUCAUGGAAACCGGUUUCCUACUCCCAUGGAAGAUGUUGGUGUGAUGACAAGAUGAGUGGGAGAGGGUUCUGGAAUAGAGUCAUGGUGUUGGAUACAGUAACUCAAGAGUGGGAGCCUGAGAUGACAAAGCCAGGCAUGGAACUAGGCUAUUUAUGGAAUGGUGGCGUGGUGAUGGAGGAUAAGAUUUACAUGCAAAAUCGUGAGAAAAGCUUUGUUUAUGAACCAAAGGAAAAUAAAUGGGAAUUGGAUGAGAUGCUCAAUUCUGAAGAUUGGCAGGGUGCGUGUGUCUUUGACCAUGUAUUGUACUAUUAUAAGAGUAAUUACCAUUCUGACAAAGACAAAUUAAAAGCGUAUGAUCCCAAGCAGAGGCGUUGGAGAGUGGUGAAAGGCUUGGAAGAAGAAUUGUUGCCUAAGACCACCGGUUUACGGAGUUUGAAGACG